GCGAAUCGAGCUAGAGCGAAUCGCGAAAUUCCCCCCCACCAUUGCCGCGGUCGUCUGCUCCGAUUCCGCUCGCGGCAGGGAUCCCUACCGCUCUCGUCGCCGUCGCCGUCGCCGUCGCCGACGAGAUCAUCCGCCGCGAUGCCUCGGUACUAUUGCGACUACUGCGACACCUACCUGACCCAUGACUCUCCAUCUGUCCGUAAACAGCACAAUGCUGGGUACAAACAUAAGGCAAAUGUUCGAACCUACUAUCAACAAUUUGAGGAGCAGCAAACUCAAAGCUUGAUUGAUCAAAGAAUUAAAGAACAUCUUGGACAAGCUGCAGCUUUCCAAGUUGGUGCUCCUUUCAAUCAACAUCUUCUCUCAUUUCCAGGAGGUGUGCCUCGUCCUCGUCUUCCAAUUCUGCCAACACCUGGCAUGCCACUUGGUGUUCCUCAAGUACCUGGUGCACCUUUGAUGCCAGGCGUUAGGCCUCCUAUUUUGCCAGCUCCUGGUAUUCCAGGUUAUCCUGGUGCUCCAAAUGUUCCAACCAUGCCACAAACAGGCGCCCCACCUGGUUCCAUGCCGCCUGGCUCUAUGCCACCUGGUUCUAUGCCUAUGCAGAUGGCACCUCUCCCAAGGCCUCCGACACUACCACCUCCAACAUCUGGAGCCCCAGGGGCCCCCAUCCCCAACAGUGGGGCACCUCCAGCCAUGUAUCAAACAAAUCCACCGCAACCUGCAGGCCCAACUUCUGGUGCUCCACCUCCGGUUUCUGCUCCACCUCCAGCAGCACCUCCACAGGCUCCUUUCUCCUAUGCACAACCUCCUGAGGGCAACCACUGAUUGUGUUCUUUGGGCUUUUAUUUAAGAAGCAUAUGAAGUAUGCCCAGUCUGAUCCAUUGGAAUAUGAUGCUGCUAUCGUUUAAAUGAGAUCAACUGUCACUUAAUUUGAGGGAUUGUUGAAGAAGGCUUCUUGUAACUGUAUCUGUGCAUCUGGUGAUGGUAUUUUAGAUAUGUAACGUUAAUUUUGUAAUCUGCUGAAGUUAGUAUUGAUUUCAGAACACAUUUACCAAAGCUGGUAACGGGAUCGUUCCUCAAAUAUUUGGCAUGGCUCUGUAGUACUAGUUUCUGUGAUGAUUUGUUCUUCGGUUUGGUGAACAUUACCCCGUGUAAUUUGUAUGAAAAAAAAAAGAUUUUGGUUAAUAUCACACCGUGUAAUUUGUCUGAAAA